AUGUUUGUGGACGUUAGCGGCCUUGGUAGGAGAUUUUAUGCGCCUCUGCCAAAUGAGACGGAGGCUACUUACGAAGAGACGGUGAGAGGUAUGUUGGAGUUGGCCCCCGGCGUUGCCGGUGCUGGAACGUUGGUGAUGGACAAGUGCGCGGUGCAAGUGAAUGCGUUUCGCAAUGCAUAUCCCACUGCCAACAUCGUAUUCUGCCGGGUACACAUCAUGCGGGACAUGCAGCGACGUUGUUCACACCUUCCGUUCUGUGGUUCUUGGAGUAUGCGUUGGUCGUUCAACAACCAGGGGCUCCUA